UUUAAUAAUCUCGUUUGUUUUUUGUACAGCCUCGCAGUUGUUUUUCUCUUCAGACGCAGAGUCACAUCCGCACGAAAAAGAGAGAAUAGUUGGCGGUAUAAUAGCUAAAAAAAAUGAAUUUGCUUACGUUGUUGCACUACAAAGCGAUGGUAAAACUAUCUGCAGCGGUAGUAUCAUUGACAAAAAAUCGAUUCUGACGGCUGCCCACUGUCUGAUGGACGAAGAGACUGGUCAGUUUUGGGACCUUUCCAAAUUGACCGUCGUCGCGGGUACGAACAGAGUCGAGGGCCCUUUGAUGGACAAUUCGCCUGUGAAAGCAUCGAUAAACAAAGUUUUUAUACCAAAAGAAUAUCAACCGAUUGAUCCAAAAACGAAUACGCAUAAAAGUAAAGAGGAUAUUUUGGCCGAUAUAGCAGUGAUUCAAUUGAACCAGAAUUUGUGGAAAUUUUUGAAGCCCACAAAAAUAAGCACUAUCAAAUUACCAAAAUUCAAUCCUCAAAAGCAAUAUAACGGCGAGGCAAAGGUAAUAGGUUUUGGGGCGUGGGCAGCGUUACCGAUUUUUUCAUUUGACAAUACAUAUAAAUUUGAAUUUAAAAUCGAUGGUCUGUUAAGACACGCUAACGUUGAUUUAUUGGACAAAGAAACAUGCAAUAAGCGAUUAAACCCCCGCUCGACAAAUACUCGAGUAAUCUGUGGUAGAAUCAAGCCGAACCCCGGUGAUGAAGAUGGUCCACUUCAACGAGGCACCUGUCAGGGGGACAGUGGUGGACCUUUGGUGAAGGGCAACACGGUGAUCGGUGUAGCAUCUUUUGGUUCAAAAUACUGUGACGAUAAAAAGCAGCCUUCGAUUUAUACCAAAGUUUCAGCCUACAUACCUUUCAUAAUGAACGCCGUGAAAAAUCUGGAAACUGUCAACAUGAAUGUGUGGCCGAAAAAUCGGCCAAGCGUUUCCAAAGUCUGAGAAGACGAACAAUGAUGUAAACACGCUUUAUACCGUCAGAUGACCGAGCUCGGCUAAACAAUAAAAGAAAGCUUCAUGCCAAU